AUGCAUAACACGAGCCGUACUCGCGGUGUGCAUAUUGCUGUGGUUCUCGGUCUAGCAAUCGCCUGGUUGCCACAUGCAGAUCAUGCGGCGGGAACGGGAGGAGGCGGGAUGUUUGGCGAUGUCAAUAUCUCGGCCAUUCUGGAUUCCCUGAGCGUUAGCUACGACAAGAGAGUUCGACCAAACUACGGAGGACCACCCGUGGAUGUGGGAGUUACCAUGUACGUGCUCUCCAUCAGCUCUCUGUCUGAAGUGAAAAUGGAUUUCACACUGGAUUUCUACUUUAGACAGUUCUGGACAGAUCCGAGGCUUGCUUACAAAAAACGGACCGGAGUUGAGACCCUCUCUGUCGGAUCUGAAUUUAUUAGGAACAUAUGGGUACCUGACACGUUCUUUGUGAAUGAAAAACAAUCGUAUUUCCAUAUUGCGACUACUAGUAACGAAUUUAUUCGUAUUCAUCAUUCUGGAUCUAUUACUCGAAGCAUAAGACUGACCAUUACUGCAUCUUGUCCUAUGGAUCUUCAGUACUUUCCAAUGGAUCGUCAAUUAUGCAACAUUGAAAUCGAAAGCUUUGGGUACACCAUGCGGGACAUCCGUUACAAGUGGAACGAGGGACCCAAUUCAGUGGGUGUUUCAAGCGAAGUAUCACUGCCACAAUUCAAGGUGUUGGGCCACCGUCAGCGAGCAAUGGAGAUUUCUCUCACGACAGGAAACUAUUCGCGGCUUGCCUGCGAAAUCCAAUUCGUACGCUCAAUGGGAUACUAUUUGAUCCAAAUUUACAUUCCGUCUGGGCUUAUCGUUAUAAUAUCGUGGGUAUCCUUUUGGUUAAAUCGAAACGCUACACCAGCUAGAGUUUCGUUGGGUGUAACAACUGUGCUGACGAUGACCACGCUUAUGUCUUCGACGAAUGCUGCUUUGCCGAAAAUAUCUUACGUCAAGUCUAUUGAUGUGUACCUGGGUACCUGCUUCGUGAUGGUCUUCGCAAGUUUACUAGAAUAUGCUACCGUCGGAUACAUGGCUAAACGAAUCCAGAUGCGUAAACAACGAUUCACUGCUGUGCAAAAGAUGGCUGUCGAAAAGAAGAUUCAAAUCGAUGGCCCCCCUGGGCCAUCAGAGCCCUUACCUCCACCACGUACUAGCACGCUGUCACGACCUCUACCACCUAGCCGAUCUUCGGAAGGAAGAUUUAAGGCACAUGACUCAAAAUCUUAUUCUAAGGGUAGCACCCUGGAGAAUACUAUUAAUGGAGCAAGAGCAGCCGUACCUGGACCCGCACCGCAGCCCGACGAAGAAGCAGGAGGACAACCCCAAUUGAUUCCAUCUAAGGGUAUUAACAAACUACUGGGCACAACUCCUUCGGAUAUCGACAAAUACUCUCGCAUCGUGUUCCCGGUCUGCUUCGUCUGCUUCAAUUUGAUGUACUGGAUAAUUUACUUGCAUGUCUCCGAUGUUGUUGCUGAUGACUUGGUACUCCUUGGCGAAGAGAAUUGA